UCAGAAUCUUUUUACACCUAGCCAGGUUUCUACACACAAAAUCAUAAUGUAAGUCAUCCUCAAGACAAUCGCCACAUAGUAGUAAUAGCAAAUUAUGUAAUGGAUUAGCGCUUGCUUAUGUGAUUUUGCUGAAUAAGAGUGCACUAGUCGAUUCGAGGUGUCUUUCCCAAGGACGGAGCCAAAAAGAGACAAGGCUAACCAUAAGCACCUUUCAAGUUUGGACAGCUAGGUGCGUCUGCAAUUCAGCCGGGUUUUAGCCGGACCACAACAAUAAGCGCAACAGGUGACUGGCAUUUCCCCCACGCGAAUCUUCCGCGUCGUGGCCUCCACUCUUUACACGGCGCUUGACGUAUGUCCUCAUUGCUGAUGAUUUUGACUACCCUUAUUGUGAGAUCCUGUCGGAUAAGUUGGCUAUGUUAGACUUUGAAGUACCUACUUGUUCUACUGUAUUUAGCCUUCGAAAGGCCGUUUAAAUAAGUAGAUGGGUAAUCAUCAAUACAACACAAGCGAAUCGACUCUAUUAUUUGAACACAAGAUUGACAUUUUCCGGUAUUUGAUGGGCGGCCACGUCGCCCAUGCGCGUUUGUGAGGAUUUUUAGCCAAUUACUCGUCGCGUGCUUGAUUACCCCUCGCUAAACGCUAAAGACCUCCCGGUGCAGGCGACAGAUUAUUCAAAGAUGGCGCGCCCCAUCGGUCAAUCUGCUCUAUUUUGAUCUUCCACCAAAUGUGUUCCACCAUCAUUAGUGCAGAUGUAAAUAGGCAGUGGAUAUCUGAUUCUGCAAAGCAGUUUUGCUCAAAGAACAACAGUGUGACAGCUCUGAACAGGACCGAGUACCAAGUGUACUCGUGUAAACAAUUAUUCCCUACUCUACGACGGAAAACAGAACUAUCACAAGGAGAAGUAUGCAAGUUCCUCUUCGGUGUCAGAGAGUGGCAGAACUGCGGCUUUUACUUGCAAUAAUUCCGUUUAAAAACAACUGUUAUUAGUUGUGAAUAUUAUUGCAAUAGUAGACUAGUCGUGGGAUGAUUAAAGUUUAUGCAUCCUCUGUAUUGUUGGCUUUCCGAAAAAAAAUAAGAUAUCUACGAAUUGGCCAUAAUGAGUCGACGCAGUGUAGCAUCGACACCACUCAGUCCUGAUGAUCUCCCGGAUCUUCCUGAUAUAGGUGAACAUUCCGAAGAGAGCUCAGAUAGUGUUCGAGCUGCCGCGGUUACCAGUUCUUACAGCGAAAUCUGUCUGAGUGCCGAGGAUGAGUUGAAUGACGACCUUCUUCCUAGUGAAAUUCAAGAUCUGAAUCUGGUUCAGGAUACGACAGAAGAGAUCACCCGUCUUGUCGAUGAAAUAAACCGAGGAGACGACGACAACGAUCGACAGUUGUCCAACAGUCGGCUUAGUGAAAUCAUUGAUCGUAAAAACCGUCAUGUACCAACUUCUCUGCGGAUAAACGAACCCAAAGUUCUACCGACGUUCGAAGCCGCUUUUGGACUGGAAAGAGAAGCGCUGCAACGUCAAGUAAAAGAUGAGACAGACGAGGAAGUCAUUGAAACAAAAAAAAUCACAGAGCUCGGUGGAGUGCAUGAGAAACCUGUUGUAAAUACACAGGGUAGCCAAAACACAAGGUCUGAGGGACAGGCUUUAAUCGCUAAUAAACACAAAAUCGAUGGCCAACACACGUACGUGGCAGAUGACAUCAAUGAUUUGAUACAGCAAGCUAGCAGAACAACGUCUUUAGCGCCCACACCUGCGCCAGACGUGUCGCGUCUGCCGAUAAUUCUGGCUGAAUUUGAGGAGGAUGCGCGUCGGCUAGCCAACUCUGUGCAGCACAUGAUGGAAAACCUUUCCUCACAACUACACAACGUUACACGCUUAACAGGCGAAUACAUAGCAACAUACGAGAGCGGGGUUAUGCGUACGUGCGAUGCUGCAGAUGCUAAUGUCAAGAGCAUGUAUCGACUUCUAGCCAAGUACGAGGAGCUCGGCAAAGCAAUGCAGCCGGUACAUCGGAUAGCAAACGAGGUUCGAACGGCCCGCCAACUUGUUGGGCAAUUAGAAGCACUUCUCGAAGUGAAGAAGCACAAGCCCACUUAAGUAGAAAGCCCUUGCCCCUUGAGCAAAAACGAGACAGCGUACCGUUAUUUCCUCGCACAAAACAAUCUUCAAACCUCUGUAUUCAAUUGUUUAGGUCUGUACAGCCAAGAAGUUACUUUUUUUUUUUAACACGACAGUAAGUUACACUCGCACAACUGUACUUAUUUUCAUUCAUUAAACUAGUUGAUGCGUUUUUUUUAACUUUAUUUAGUAUUACUUCACCAUGCCGUCGCUUGCCAGUACAGAAGGUUUCUUUGUAGGCAGGAUUAAAUUCUCAUUGCGAUGAGGGUCCGACUGAUGAUUCCAGAAUAUGGCGUAACAAUACGUUUCACUGUCAUAAACAACUAUUUUAGUAUAUUAUGUAGUAAAAAAUGAUGCUUGUCGGAACAAAUUGCUACAGCGAGCAUCUGUUGUGUUCAGUCUGCAGAGUAAGAGAUUUCUGUCUAAUUCAUAAAAAAAAAAAAGAUAAUAAUACUUUUCUUCUAUAAAAGUAUGAAUGCUGAAGGUAUCGCUACCGUACAAUGACUGUAUACAUGUCCAGUUCUUCAAAUGGUCUAAUAAUAUUACUGUUCAUUACUGAUCAUUAUGGCUGAUUUUAUCAUCGUUGAUCGGAUCACCGUAGAUAACUAUUGUUAGUGAACUGGUACAUGGCAUAUCUCUAUACGAAUAAUGUGAUAAUAUUGUUAGCUGGAUAUGUAUUAUACGGUAGGUAUAUGGCUUGUUCAGCCUACAAUAUAUUUUUUACAUUAAAAGUGGGCGCAAUGACGACGAUGGUGUUUUCAAUACAUAAGAAUAAGUAUGGAGGACAACACAUGUGUUUUCUUUUUUUCGUAGUGUUUCGCGUAUUUAUCUAGCAUUGUUGCCCGCUCGCUUGGCAUUGGUGUACAUAAUGCUCUAUUUCAGUAAGUCA